CAAUAUCUGGUGCAGCUGUGCAUGCUUAAAGUAUUGCUAAACCCAGGACCCUGCAUUCACUAUAUCUUGUGUCCCACAGACCCUGCAUUCACUAUAUCUGGUCUCCCACAGGCUCUGCAUUCACUAUAUCUGGUCUCCCACAGUACACAGAACAUGGAAAUGCAGUUAUUUUAGUAAAUAUAAACUGCUAAAUACCUUUUCUCAUCAGCAGUUAGAGCAGUCUUGUGAUUUCUUUCAGUGUCCAGCCGAGCACUGGUUAAAGCUUGUAGGAGGAGUUUUCAUUUUGCUCUAG